ACCAAGGAUUAGACUUGAACUUCUCUGUAGUCCCGGCGGAAAAAAGGAUCCUGACAGAAAGCCAGAGGCAAAAAGGAGCCAGAAGAAUCUCAUAUAACUCUGGGAACAGGAGAAAGGACGGAGGCAAACCUGGGAUUCACUGCUUUACCAAGUCUGCGUCUCCUCUGCCUUUUGGAAACGAGACACAGGUUUUAAAGAAGCUAGAGUGCCAGAGAAGACCUUUGAAGUGUGAAGAGAUUUCCUGUAAUUGAAACCAAAAUGUCAUUUAUAGAUCCGUAUCAGCACAUUAUAGUGGAGCACCAGUAUUCUCACAAAUUCACAGUAGUGGUGUUACGUGCCACCAAAGUGACCAAGGGGGCCUUCGGUGACAUGCUUGACACUCCAGAUCCGUACGUGGAACUUUUCAUCUCCUCCACCCCUGACAGCAGGAAGAGAACAAGACACUUCAAUAAUGACAUAAACCCUGUGUGGAAUGAGACCUUCGAGUUUAUUUUGGAUCCUAACCAGGAAAAUGUUUUGGAGGUCACAUUAAUGGAUGCCAAUUAUGUCAUGGAUGAAACUCUAGGGACAGCAACAUUCCCCAUAUCCUCUAUGAAAGUAGGAGAGAAGAAAGAGGUUCCUUUUAUUUUCAACCAAGUCACUGAAAUGUUUCUGGAAAUGUCUCUUGAAGUUUGUUCAUCCCCAGACCUCCGAUUCAGUAUGGCUCUGUGUGAUCAGGAGAAAACUUUCAGACAACAGAGAAAAGAAAACAUAAAGGAAAACAUGAAGAAACUCCUGGGUCCAGAGAAUAGUGAAGGCUUGUAUUCUACACGUGAUGUGCCCGUGGUGGCCAUAUUGGGCUCAGGUGGAGGGUUCCGAGCCAUGGUCGGCUUCUCAGGUGUGAUCAAGGCACUGUAUGAAGCGGGAAUUUUAGAUUGUGCUACCUACAUUGCUGGUCUUUCUGGCUCCACAUGUUCAGAUUGGGUUGAAUUUAGCCCGUAUGAGAUUGGCAUGGCUAAAUAUGGUACUUUUAUGGCUCCUGACUUAUUUGGAAGCAAAUUUUUUAUGGGAACAGUUGUGAAGAAAUAUGAAGAAAAUCCCUUGCAUUUCUUAAUGGGUGUCUGGGGCAGUGCCUUUUCUAUACUGUUUAACAGAGUCUUGGGAGUUUCUGGCUCACAGAAUAAAGGUUCCACAAUGGAGGAAGAAUUAGAAUACUUGCAUGUAAAAAACUUAAUUUCUUUUUCCUUAGGCACUGAAAAUGAAGAUGCUCAAAGCGAAUAUCACAAUGAUAAUCAAGCAAGUUGGGUCCAUCGUAUGAUAAUGGCUUUGGUGAGUGAUUCAACUUUAUUCAAUACCAGAGAAGGACGUGCUGGGAAGGUGCACAACUUCAUGUUGGGCUUGAAUCUCAAUACAUCCUAUCCAAUGUCUCCUCUGAAAGACUUUAUGACACAGGAAUCGUUGGAUGAAGAUGAACUGGAUACAGCUGUAGCAGAUCCUGAUGAAUUUGAGCAAAUAUAUGAGCCUCUGGAUGUCAAAAGUAAAAAGAUUCACGUCGUGGACAGUGGCCUCACGUUUAACCUGCCAUACCCCUUGAUCCUGAGACCUCAGAGGGGAGUUGAUCUCAUUAUCUCCUUUGACUUUUCUGCAAGACCAUGUGACUCUAGUCCUCCGUUCAAGGAACUUCUACUUGCAGAAAAGUGGGCCAAAAUGAACAAGCUCCCCUUUCCAAAGAUUGAUCCUCAAGUGUUUGAUCGAGAAGGACUGAAGGAGUGCUAUGUCUUUAAACCCAAGAAUCCUGAUAUGGAGAAAGACUGCCCAACUAUCAUCCACUUUGUUCUGGCCAACAUCAACUUCAGAAAGUACAAGUCUCCAGGUGUUCCGAGAGAAACUAAAGAAGAGAAAGAGAUAGCUGAUUUUGAUAUUUUUGAUGACCCCGAAUCACCAUUUUCGACCUUCAACUUUCAAUAUCCAAAUCAAGCAUUCAAAAGGCUGCAUGAUCUCAUGCACUUCAAUACCCUGAACAACAUUGAUGUGAUAAAGAAUGCCAUAGUUGAGAGCAUUGAAUACAGAAGACAGAAUCCAUCUCGCUGCUCUGUUUCCCUUAGUAAUGUUGAAGCAAGACGAUUCUUCAACAAAGAGUUUCUAAGCAAACCCGCAGCAUAGUUUGUGUAGUGGAAAGGGCCGCAAUUUCUGAUGCUGAGGCAGUUUGAAAUUCCAUUACAACUGGAUUUAAAAGCAUAGUACAGAUAUUAGUACUGAUCACAAGAGACUGGCUGAUACUCAAAGUUGCAGUUAUUUAGCUGCAUGAGAAUAAUACCAUUAUAAAUUUGUUAGGUUGAUAGAUGAUGUGAUUAUGUAAAAAUAUACUCAGCUACAUUUUCUGUCAGUGUAGAUUUCCUGAUGCAAAUGUAAGAACAUAUAUUGUAAUUUUAGACAUUCCUCACCAGCUAUCUUAUGUGUCCUCUUUUUUAAAAAAAUGUUUUCUUUUUAGAAUAUUUAACAGUUCAGUCUCAAUAAGUACGACUUUGCAUUGUGUGUAAAUGUUAUUCACUGACUGGAUUUAUUCAUACCAUGAGACAACACUAUUUUUUAUUUAUAUACACAUGUAUACAUAUAUGAAAUAAAUAUAUCAAUAUGCAAUUAGCAUGAGAUAACUGAA